AUGGCUGAGAGACAUGGGUUAGAAGGAGAUGCCUUCCGCCUUGUCAGAAAGCACAGUUUGCAGGUAGCCGAAGAUCUCCCCAGAAAUGAUGUAGCCCAGGCUGUCGGCGACUUCGAGACUCAUGAGCGAGCAGCGGAGGCAAAGGACCCAGUACGCGAGUGGCAGCGGUGGCUAGAUUUUGAUGAGCUCGACACAAAUGAUGAUAUCGCUUUGCUCCAGAAGGAGUGCAAGGAGCUUAUCCAAACAUGGCUUAAGCUGCAGAGAAAGCACCCAGAAUGUGACGAGCUGUUACCGAAUAGCCAUAAACCCCCAAGCGUCGCGAGUCUGCAACAGGUUAUCAGAUCGACUUUGGACAGCCGGGAAGCUCAACAGCAGAGCGGUCUUGGUAGGGCGAAGCAGCAAUUUUUCAGUUUCUGUGACACGCUCACGGCCUACUCGUCGCUAUUCUCUCUCAUACCCCAGGGAAGCCUUUACACGUCACUGUUUGUAGGCGUAAUCUCGUCGCUAGUGAAGGCCUCGGCCCGACAUGAUCAGAACGGCGAGGGCUUCUCGCGAGCAUUGGCCGAGAUCAGUGCAGACAUGAACUUCAGCCAGAGACAAGGCUCUAUCCACCCAACAGAUCGCAUGAAGCAGCUCGUCAUCCUUCUAUACAUCAGAUAUUCUAAAUUCUUGUGCCAUGCGAUGACCUGGUAUCACUCAAGAUGGGGCCGGUUCAAAGCUGCUAUGGAUCAGAGCUACUACGGCCGAGAAGUCCGAGAGAAGGUCAAUAGGAUCAAAGACGUGGUUAAGGACAUCGAAAGAGAGGCAUCACUAGAGACUCAAGGAAUCCUCAGCCAAACCCACGAGACAGUCACACAUCUGGAGCACAUUAUAUCGGAGAUCCGCAGGCAGAACCAAAUUGCCGACCAGAAUCGCGACUUGUCCAGUCUGGAUUUAAGUCAAAAGCUAAAUCGUAUUUAUCUCGCCAUAGGGGAGAUGGGGCAGAAUCUGGCCACAGCCACUGUCACCCGGCAGCUUCACACUUCUCAGCUGGCUAUAGCACAGGGAUCGGUUUCAGAUGAAAUCAGAGCCGAGGAAAACAGGACACAGGCUGGCGCUGUCAUCAUCCACACAAGACAAGAGAUGGAAGAAGCGUCUCGCCCUCUGAUGAAAUUCAUGGGCACAUACGCAGCCAGCGCCACUUCUGAUUUACAAUCGAUCAAUGACCCUCCCUACACGUCCGCUGGUGCACGGCAAGUCACCGGGCAAAUAGUCACUCGCCUUCAGACUUGGAUUUCAGAGCCAAAGUCUCAAAUACUAUGCAUAAUCAGUCCGCCGUUCUCCGCAAACAGACACGAGGCCACGGUCGCUGCUCAACACAUCGUAUCAGUUAUGCAGAAGGCAGAAGUACCACACCUGGCUGUCUCGUCCCCCAGGAGAGCAUACCGGGCGGCCCUGCAGGCCCUCAAGGCACUCCUCAGAUACGCCCCGGGCCUGCUCGUCUGCGUCAUCGACGGGCUCCAGCUGCUGGACCACCCGGACCUGGAGCAGCAUGUAGACGACCUACUAAGCAUCCUGCGGACCGGGGACGACGGCAGGGUGCUGAAGGUGCUGCUGACGAGCGAGGGCUUCUUCUCCAGCGGCGCGAACCUGACCGUGGACGAGCGGCUGGACUGCCUGCACUCGCCCAGAAGGGGGCCAGGAGGCGGCCGGCCGGGGGCCCGCAACUUGAACGACGUAUCGCUGUCCUUCUGA